AUGUCUAAGAACAAUUUCAUAAUUGAAGAUUCAGAAAGAGAAGUCGUUUCUGUUUUGAUUUUAAAGAGCGAAUUUUAUGAUGUUAUGAUUGAGGUAUAUAAAAAAUUGCUUCUUAAUGAAAAGAAUGAUAUCAUGAAGUUGGUAAAAGAAAGAGAACUUAAAAGGAGAAGUAUUGCAGAAGAAUGUAUAAAAAAUAUUAAUUCCUUGAGGCAAACAUUUAGAUUCUAUCCUAUUGAAUUAGAAGAUCAAAGCAUUAAGAUCAGCCCUUCAGAACAGGAGGUUGUUUUCGAGAAUAAAGACAGAAUUUAUUAUGAUAUUAUUACAGAAUAUGAAUCUUGGUUUUUUCUCAAACAAAUUAAAACUAAAGAAUAUUAUUCAAGGCUUUUUGAACUUAUUGAAGAAAAGAAAAAUGAAGAUAAUUAUUCAAAAUUUUGCAGGCUAAAUGAUUUCGAGACAAUAGUUAAUGAAAGAGAACUUAAAAG